AUGCACCAAAUCGGUAGCCAUAAAUGGCUGUUAAUGUUAACCGUCCUUCUUAUUCAACACCACGAAGUUCAAAACGGGUUCGCUUGUUUGAGCAACCCAUGUAUUCACGGAGUUUGCUUAGACGAUUUAAAUUCUACGUAUUUUUGCUAUUGCAUAGACGGUUAUACGGGUAUUCAGUGUCAAACAAAUUGGAACGAAUGCUGGUCUUCGCCGUGUCGAAAUGGUGGAGUUUGCAUUGAUGGUAUUGCAAUGUUUAACUGUUCAUGUCCACCAGGAUAUUCAGGUAAGCUCUGUGAAGACGACAUUAACGAAUGCGAAAGUAACCCCUGUCAAAAUAAUGGUACUUGCUUGGACGAACGAAAUGGUUAUACUUGCAACUGUCUUGCUGGCUAUUCGGGAACGUAUUGUGAAAUAGAUGUUGCAGUUUGUAAUGCAACAGGAGAAACUCGUUGUGCAAAUGGAGGUAUAUGCGAAGAAGGUCCGGGAGAAACCUUCACCUGUAAAUGUCAAAAAGGUUGGGGUGGUUUUCUAUGCGAUUGGGAAAUAGACGAGUGUGUUUCUGCACCAUGUCAAAAUGGAGCAAUUUGCAUAGAUCUACAUGCCGAUUAUUCAUGUGCCUGUUUGUUCGGUUUUGCUGGCAGAAAUUGCGAGGAAACCAUGCAAAUUUGUGACGAAAGUCCGUGUAAAAAUGGCGCUUUAUGUAUUUAUGAAAACGAUCAACCUAUUUGUUAUUGCGUUCCUGAUUUUCAUGGAGACCUUUGCCAAUUUCAAUACGAUGAAUGCCAAUUAGGUCCGAGGUGCAUGAACGCCGGUAGUUGUAUCGAUGGUGUGGAUAAUUUCACAUGUUCCUGCCCUCCAAAUUUAACCGGAGUACUUUGUGAAUGUUUAAUAUUAUCCAACGGAAGUUUAGAUUGUGACUACGUCAGCCCAGAACCAAGUGCUUAUCCCACAACAACAACUUCUUAUUACAACUUAACGAUAUCGUCUACUAGUGUUACUAGUACUACAACUGAAGUGCCAAUUACCGAAACGACAAUUAUGACUGUUUUUCCAAAUACUUCUAUAGGUAUUGUUAGUACCUCAAGUACAAAUAUUCCUUCGUCUACUGCCAUGGAUAAUGAGACUAAUUUAAGUACAACUUUUUCUUCGACAUACCCAAUAUCUACAACAGAUUUUUUCACUAGUACUACCGAAGUUAGUACUUUAAGUACCGCCGUUACAUAUUUUACAGAAUUAACAACUAUAUACGAAAGUACUACAUCCUCGAGUAUUGAAUAUCCGGUAUAUUCCACGGAAUUUCAAUUUGAAACAUCAUCAUCAACUAUAUAUUCGAAUAUAACCUAUUUUAGUACCUUUCCAGCUGAAGUUAGUAGCGCCCCGAUGUUAUCAACUACAGAAUAUACUACUGAGCUUGACUCCGGUAGUACCUUAAGUACCACGCUCAAAUAUCAACCUAGUAAUAGAAGCAUAUCCGAAGAAGCGACCACAUAUACAACCACAUUUCUUACUGCGGAACCUACUACAACAACAUUUCUCACUACUGAACCUAAUAUAAAAUUCGAAACGAGUACUGGUAUCACUACAAGCAAUACUGUUGCGAGUACUAUGUUAUCUAGUACCCAGGAAACUACUACUUUCGUUUCUAUAGAUUGUACGAAUAGUGAGACGAGAUGUUUGAACGGAGGUACCUGUAUUUACGUCGACGGAAAUUAUAAGUGUAUUUGCAACUUUGAUUACGAGGGAGAAUUCUGCGAAUCGAAAUUGGGAGUUAAAAGGGCAGCUUUUGGUGGAAACUCUUUUCUCUCUCAUCGACUCCACGUAACAUCUUACCAUAUAGCAAUCGAAUUUGAAGCGAAAACGAUGGCUAACGAUGGUAUCAUAUUUUUCGCUAACGUCAAUUCCCCACACAUGGUUUUAUAUAUGAAAAAUGGAUUUUUGAAAUUUAUUUUUUCCUGUGGGUACCAAACCAUGUUACUGAGCGAACUGAAAGUACCGGUGAAUAAUGGAUAUAAUAUGAAUAUUAAAGCUGGGCUAGAUUUCCGUGAAGAUUUGAAACAUUGUAAUGCAUCAAUAAAAAUUAAUGACAGUUUAUCGAUGACAGGUGAUCAAAUAGCUAAAAUAAUUGAUUUUCCGAAAGGUUCGGCUUGGCUACACGUUGGAGGUUUACCGCAAUAUUUGGCUAUGGAAAUUGGACUUCCAGUAGGAGGCUUUGUUGGCUGUAUGGCUAAUUUAAAGAUUGGAAAUAGAACGGUGAAGAUCUACGAUGAUGCAGAAGACGGUUACGAAGUUACAGAAUGUUCUUCAUUGGCUUGCCUGUCGAACCCAUGUAGGAACGACGCGUUUUGCAGUUCAGUUGGCGAUCAAUGGCAGUGUCAUUGUAGGAACGGUUACUUAGGAAAAUCGUGUGAAGUAUCUAUUUGUGAUGAUAAUCCAUGUCUUUUUGGCGGUACUUGCAUUCCUUUCACGAAUAGUGGCUAUAUUUGUUUGUGUCCGUAUGGAAAGCAUGGCCAUUUUUGUGAAAACGAUAUCAAGAUAACGCAGCCAUAUUUCUCGUCGUCUGUCCACGGUUUAUCGUCUUUCGUAGCUUAUCCAUUUCCGGAUGGUAUAUCAAAAACAAUGGAAAUUAAAUUUCGAUUUGCUCCAACAACCAUGGAACAGAUUUCCAUACUAUUAUUUAUAGGACAGGCCGGGCACCAUGAUUUUUAUUCGGACCAUAUCGCAGUGAGUUUCGUUAGAGGUUAUAUUAUGCUCACAUGGAAUUUGGGAUCUGGUCCCAGGAGAAUUUUUACGUCACAGUCGAUAAAACCAGGAGCUACUGAUUAUCUAGUGAAAUUGGGUCAUACUGGUCGGAGGGCAUGGUUAUAUGUAGAGCAUUUGGGAAAUGUUACGGGAAGAUCACCUGGAAAUUUGGUACAACUAGAUGUAGUACCACUUCUUUACGUAGGAGGAUUUGAUGUGAGAAACUUUUCCACGCUUCCUCACGACCUACCAUUACAUACGGGUUUCUCCGGAUGUAUUUACGACAUUGAAAUGAAAUCCGGGAGUGUAGUUAUACCGUUCCAGGGUUCCAUGAAGGCAUUUGGCAGGGCAGUCGGUCAAUGUGGUACUAGUGAAUGUCACGAGAGAAGUUGCCAAAACGGUGGAGCAUGCCUACAUCACGGAAGUACUUUUAUGUGUUUAUGUCAAGAUGAGUGGUUCGGACCAUUAUGUUCAUCCAGAUUCAAUCUGUGCGAUGGUAAUAUUACAAAAUGCUCGGAGAAUUCUAGGUGUGUACCUUUAUUGUCACAUUCUGAAUGUGAUUGUCCCUUUGGCAGAGUUGGAACAACCUGUGAAAAAAUUGAAAAUAUAACUGAUGUGAGUCUAACUGGAAUUAGGUCUUUCAUCAUGCUUAAUCCGAUGGAAAUUGAAGGCAAUAAGUUUCAUAUUGAAUUCGAGAUUAGGAUUCUAAAAGACCACGGGAUUGUUAUAUUUAUGGGAACGAAGGAUGUCAGAUUUAUUUGUUUAUCUUUACAAAAUGGUUUACUAGAAUUUAAAAUACAAACAGGUAGUAGUAAGAUUAGCUCAACAGGCAUUGUUAUACGCAGUUCGAUACUUCUUAUAAAAGGAGUAUGGCACAAAAUACAAUUUGGAAGAUUCGGCAAAAAAGUAUAUCUAUCAGUAGAUAAAACCGUCAAUACUGGCGUUCUAGAUACCAUCUAUACCUCAAAUUUCAAUAAAGAAACCAUAUACAUAGGCGGUUUACCAGAUAUGUCACAUUUACCACUAUUCGCUGCAUCCGGUGUACCAGUACAUUUCAAAGGAUGCAUUCGACAUCUUUCCAUUGAUACCACAGCAGUACCAUUAACCGCCGAUAACGUUCACCAAUCGAGAAAUUUGAUAGAUUGCGAUGGAACACCUUGUGGCGGCGAAGCUUGUUACAACGGCGGUACUUGUUGGUUAGAUUCUUUCAUGAAUCCGCAUUGUUCUUGUCCGGUUCCUUAUUACGGAGAAAAAUGCGAAAAUGUGAAAGUGUGCAACGAGAGGACGUGCAAAAAUAGAGGAAUAUGUAUAAAUAACAGAUGUACUUGUCAAGUGGGUUGGUCUGGAGCGUUUUGCGAAUACGAAAUCGCAGUUAAUAACCCAAAAUUCAACGGACGCAGCUACCUUAUAAUGAGAAAAGUUGGUGAUAGAAAAAGGGAGUUGAAAGAGGGCGUUCGAAGGAUAUUUUUGAAUUUUACAACUGUUAAUCCUAACGGUUUACUAUUUUGGAAUAAAAAGGGUGGCGAUCAUUUGGGCCUAGGUUUAGAAAAUGGUUUUUUGAAAGUUGUUAUCGCUUCUGAGAAAAUGAAACAAAACAUCCUCGAAGUUCCUUCUUAUACUAAAGUAACUGACGGUCUUUGGCAUAAACUCGAUCUAAAUAUCGAUCUUCUGAGUUUAACAAUCGACGACAAAGUAAUCGCAAUUCGGAAAGCACCUAGAUACUCCCAAUUUUAUCCAAGUGGAAAUUUUUUCAUCGGUGGAAUUCCGAAUGUCACUAAUUUGAUUACUGAAACCGACGGCGUUUUCACACAUAAUUUCGAGGGAUGUAUAGCUUCUUUUGGUACAAAUUUAGAUGUUAUUACUGACUUUAGUCAUAUGGAAGGCUUAAACAUCGAUACGUGUGAGGUUUUAGCACACUAAUGUGAAUACAUCGAAUUGAGUUGAGCAAAUAAUUGAUUGGUUGUUAUUUUUUUAAUAAUUUUGAGCAAUACUUAGAACUACCAAAGGUGCAAACUAAAAUAUCCAUCUCUAAAUACUGAAUGUUCCAAGAAUUUUUUGUAUGCAACUGUAAUGUUUUGUUAUAAUCACAAAUUUUAUGAUCUGUUGUUAAAAUGUGUAACAAUCUAAAAAUUGAAUCAAUCAGCUACAGUAUCAGUAAAUCAAAACAUUCAAAUUCGAAGGACAGGAGUUCUGCUUUUAUUAGUUUUGGCAAACUAUCAACUAAUGCCUUUUAAACACGUUUUUACUCAUUUGAAACCGACGCGAAUCACUAACUAGUUCCCUUUUUUGUCACUACCAAACUAUUUCAAAUUUCUUGGAAACGGGUUUGUAAUUCCGGAUCGUUAUUUGUUUUGAGCUACUGGAUAUUCGUUUUGACAUUGGAAUAUUGUUUUCUGAUAUAUAGUAUAUCUUUCUGCAGUAUAACAAGAAUAUGUCUUCAAUUAAGUUAGUCUGAAUACACUAGCUAACAUAAAGAUUAUAAAAGAAGGAAACUUGACUUUUUCCACAGUACUUGUGAGGAAAGAGUUAGUCUUGCAGUCUUGAUCUAGCAGAAGAAGCAGCACCGUGACGGUGACCAGCUUUAGGCCAGCAAGACCAAGUCCGAAUAAUUGGUAAUAAUGAUAUCGGUUUGUAGGCUUCUACUUUAUGCACUGGUUGCCAAAUUUUGAGUAUCAUAAUUACUUCAAUUGUUUUCCACGUUAUUGAUACGUAUACGAGCAUGAAUACUGCACUAAUUUGUCUGUUUCAUAAUGGUUUUUCUUGGUAAAGGCUGCAAUAAUUUUCCUUUUAUUAGAUCGUCUAAUGAAUUACCUCUUUAGGUACAGUAAGCAUUAUUUUUUCUUGGUCUUCACUAUUACAUCAAUAUCCUCAUCAUCGCACUUUGUGGAUUUUUUGCAAUAUUUCUAAAGUCGUCACCUCAUUUGGUCGACCAUAUGUGCAUUGGUACCCGAUACACGAAAUGUUACGUACUCUCCAUGCUGCUUUACGGCGUGAAAGGGUGGACACUAAAAGUGGCAACGAUGCAAAAAUUAGAAGCUCUAUAGACGCAUUUUAAGAAUACCUUGGACUAAUAGAGUAACCAAUACGAAGGUACUAAGAAGAACGGCUAAAGAUUUAGAAUUCCUUGGCUGCAAAAUCUAUGCGAAUGGUUCUAAAUACCCGAAGCUUCGAAUAUAAUUCAUGCAGCGCAAAAUAAACAAGUCUAUCAAAUGAUGGUCGCUAACCUUCGGUAGAAGACGGCACUGAAAAGAAGAAGAAAGUCUCACCUGGAGUAGAAACUAGUUCAGCUUUAAUAUUGGUUGGGCUGAGGCCAAUUCACUGAAAACGUUCACUAUAGAUGGCUGCCAAACAAAUACUAAACAACGUGGCGUUUUCAGACUCGAAACAUAUGCUGUUUCGAUUGUUUACUUUCUAAUACAGUUAUAUUUUUAAAGCAACUAACGUCAUCUCUAGGUCAGGCCUGGUGGUUCAGGGAUCAACCUCGUAAUAAAUAAAUUUGAUUUCGAUUUUAUGUAUCGAUAUUGUAGCUGAUUAAUUUUAUAUUUUGUUUGUUAUAGUAUAGUCAUUUUUAUGUUAUUUGUACGAUAUUUGCAUUUAAAUCGAUUUUUGUGUGU